AUGGUACCAGAUCACCAACGGCCACCCAUCAGCAGGCGCUUCACCGUGGGGAACGAAUACUCUCGCGGGAAUCGGCUUGGGAGCCUGGGUAUGUUUCCGAGGAAUUUCAAUGUCAAAAAUUUUAGCCAUAUCAUUCAUUGGAGUCUGACCAGGUAUAACAUUGCCGGCGCUCCUCAAUUCCUCCAAGGGAACUCGGUGGGUGUACACAAUGUUGGCAUUGGAACUCAAGGUGGAGUUGAAAAAUUUCACGUACUCCGGAUCCAACUUGUCGAUCAUCGACUCAUGGAUACGAAAUGGGGUCGGAGGAACUCCCCCGGCAAAGGAGUGGUCGUCUUGAAGGGUAUACUCGGGCAUUGGCUUAUCUGCUGGAUUUUUGAUUUAAAUAUGAUGGAGAGUGUGGGGAUGGUGGAGGCCGGUGCGAGCGAGUAUGUGCGCCGCCACCAAACAAAAUGGUGGGGGCGCGAGAUAAGCUCAGAGAUAAGAUAA